UAUAAACGUCAAACGAAUCGGAGAAGUCCAGCUGGCGCUCGAUUUAUUGUGUUGUAUUUAUUUUGGUGUUUCAAUUGGAGUCCUUAAAUUUUUGUUCUAAUUCACUGUGAUCCUGAAAUGUUGCCGCCAUAACAUGCAAAAUGUUUAAAAUCGAGUCAUAUGUGACACCAAUCUUGUUGAGCUAUGUUGACAAAUAUGUACGAGACUUCAAGCCAGCUGAUGCACAAGUAUCCCUGUGGGGUGGUGGUGUGGCCCUACACAACUUGGUGCUCAAAGCAGAUGUUCUGCAAAAUGAGGUUGCAUUGCCAUUCACACUGGUGUCAGGACGGAUUCAUGAACUACUUAUACAAGUUCCCUGGACUAAGAUAAUGUCGGAGCCUAUUGUGGUUACAAUAGAUACUAUAGAAUGUGUUCUAAGUCUUCAUCCGCCGGCAGCGUCAGAAGAAACACUUCCUACAGAGUCCCCCAGGUCGACGGUGGUGGAAGCCCCGCCGGGCUACAUGCAGGCGCUGGUGCGGCGCAUCGUGAGCAACAUCUCGCUGCGCGUGCACCACCUCAUCGUCAAGUACGUGCAGGACGACAUCGUGCUGUCGCUCAACGUGAAGCACCUGUGCGUCGAGAGCGCCGGCGCCGACUGGGCGCCUGCUUUUGCUGACAUCGAUCAGAGUCAGCCAGUGGUGAGGCGGUUAAUGCGGCUGGACGACUUAACGCUCUGCUUGGACCGGGCGGAUUCCGACGGCAAAAUACGGUUCUACCAAGAACCUUUGCUAUACCGCUGCCAGCUGGACUUCAGAAUUCUCACCCGACUCGUCUCCGCCAACACCCGACGAGCGUCCUGCCUCACCGUCCAGUUGCGCUCGUCCAAGCUGGCGUGGGGGGUGACCAGCGAACAACUCACGCUGCUGCUGCGGCUGCUGCGAGAGCGUCAGAACCAUGUUAACAUCUCUCCGCCGCCGCCCAAACAGAAUGCGAUGAAUUCAGUCGCCCCACAGGGCAGUUUAACGUCGAACGUGGCGGAGCCGGUCCGGUCCGGGAGCUGGUCGGAGUGGGCGUGGUCGUGGCUGCCCACGUGGAUGGACAAGGAGGGCGGCGUGGAGGAGGCCACGAUGCCUCCGACGCCCAUCCCGGUCCUGUUCAGCGCCUACCUAGACCACGUGUCUCUAGUGUUUAAGGUAAUGGAGGCGGAGGGCAGCGCGCGCAAACGAGCCCGCGGCGUGAUAGAGCUUAGCGCGUAUCAUGCGGCUGCGCGCGCGGCGCUGUGCGCGCCGACCACUCUUCGCGUGCGCGUGGGCGUGCGCCAGCUGCGCCUACUGUCGCGCGGCAAGUGCAUCUGCGGACACCAGAAUCUUAACACGAUUAAUGACGAGCCUACAAUAUAUUUGGAGAAGAGAAAUUCUGAAGACGACAAAGUGCCUUGGGGUUGGCCUGACAAUUUUGAGACCUUGGAGUGUAAGGUUGAGACUGCGGAAGCGGCGGAGGAGGUUUACAGUGAAACAUCCGACCCAACAGAAUCGGCUGAACUGAAAUUGAGCAGCAUAGAAGAGGACGACGCGACCGACGAGCUAUGGCGAGCGCUGUCGCCCGUGAUCCUGCUGCGCUACUCGCACACACGCUCGCCGCCCGACGACACCAACCCGUACGAGAGCCCGCCCGUAGACUUCCAGUACAGGACGACCGACGAGCUGUGGCGAGCGCUGUCGCCCGUGAUCCUGCUGCGCUACUCGCACACACGCUCUCCGCCCGACGACACCAACCCGUACGAGAUCCCGCCAUCACACCGAGUAGGAUGGAAGAGGACGACCGACGAGCUAUGGCGAGCGCUGUCGCCCGUGAUCCUGCUGCGCUACUCGCACACACGCUCACCGCCCGACGACACCAACCCGUACGAGAACCCGCCAGUAGACUUUCAGUACAGGACCGACGAGCUGUGGCGGGCGCUGUCGCCCGUGAUCCUGCUGCGCUACUCGCACACACGCUCACCGCCCGACGACACCAACCCGUACGAGAGCCCGCCAGUAGACUUCCAAUACAGCGACUGGCAAGAGGAGAACAAAUUGAAAAUAAUUCUGGAGCCAAUGGACAUUUAUCUCGGAAUGGGUCUUCUUCAUCGGAUAUCAGCUAUUCAACAGAUUUUUAAAGAUCUUCCGUCGAUACCAGUUCCAGAUGUACCCAUGAGAACACUUACAGUAGAAGAGUGUGAGGCGUUAGACGCCAAUAUACCUCAGCGUCGGACCUUCUUAGUGAUGCGGGGGUUGCGCCUACGGGUCCUUCCUUGGGAUCACUCUCCGUCGGAAAAACAGACCUCACCAUCGCUGGUGUUAGAUGUUGAAUCGCCAGAAGUGAAGCUGAUUGUGUCGGGACCACUUUAUCCACAUAGAGUGUGUUCCGCGGCGUGCCAAAUGCCCAGAGACGAGGGUCCGCUGUGGCAAGGCGCGCGGCUGCACGUGACCGCCACGCUGGCCGCCGUCGAGGCGCACCUGUGCCGGCUCGCGGACGGGCAGUCGCGGCCCGUGGCGCGCGCCGACCUGCGCCUGGUGCUGCACCUCCUGCUGCACCCCGAGAUGUUCGCUAAGAAGGAGACUGUCCACACCAGCUACAAUCUCAAUAUACGUGAAAUGAACACGUGCGGAUCCGCGGCGCGGCUGCAGGCGGCCUGGCACGUGCUGCACUCGCUCAUCGACCAGCGCCCUUCUCACGUGCUGCGACACACUUUGCUAGUCAGAGAUGCACUCAGCGACGAAGAAUCGGUGGCGAUCGACGCGACGAUGGAGGAAGCGUCGUUGCGCGGAUUCAUCACGAGGACGGUGACCACGCACAUCGCCAUGGUGCAGGCCGCGCGCGUCAUGGCAUUUUACUCGCCGAAUGAAGGGAAUGUUAAACAGGCAUGGAUAUUCUCCGCUCCUGACUCGCAAACUACCACAGCGUUCGUCCGCGUGGCGCUGCAGUGGUGCGCCGAGCAGUCGCAGGACACGGUAGACUACCUGGGCGUGUGGACUGAGCCGCUGGGUUUCUGCGCCGACCCGCUCUUCAUAGCGUGGCUCGCCUACAAACCGCUUAACAAAUCACCCACAACAAUAUUAGACGCAGCGCCGGUGUCAAGGGCCUCAUCAUCGUCACACUCUUAUUUACGACGCCGCCUCACGCCACCUUCGUCGAGCGGGCGUGGCGCCAGCCGCACAGCCUCGGGGUCGGAGCUGGUGCACGCGGCGCGGCUGCGCAGCCUCAGCUCCAGCAGCGAGCACGGCGAGACGCGCCGGCCCGCGCCGCCUCCGCCGGCUAAAACCCCGGAGACGUUCCUGAACCCCGACCGCCUGCUGAAGCUGCACGCGCGCCUGCAGAAGCUGCUGGUGUGCGUGGAGUUGGGCACGGCGGUGGUGUACUUCACGACGGGCACGGCGUCGGCCGAGGGCUGCGCCGCCAUGCGCGACGCCGUCGAGCGGCUCGCCGCCGGCUUGCCCAAGCAGCAGGUGCUAGUGCUCAGUAUGGGGCGCUUAACAGUCAGCUCAAACUCUAUGAUGAGCCAUCUUUGGGAUACCGUCCGCAAUGAUGGCCCUACCUUUAUAACAAAGCCAACUACAGAGGAACCCAUGGAAUCGUUCCCGUGGAAGUUGCGGCUAGCCGACGUGACGUGCUACACCCUGGAGCUCCGCCAGUACACGGACGCGGGGCGCGUGCAGGGCGGCGUGCGGCGCUCCACGCUCAAGGCCUCGCCCAUCUCCACGCGGCUGGUGUUGGAGGCCGUGACCACCACCGUCACGCUCUCCGUCGUCACCAAGUACAUGCAGAUACGCUCGUGGAAGGUGUCGCCGGAACAACAGAAAUCCACUGAGCGGUCGGAGCCGACCCCAGACGAAUUGAGGGUAAAAUAUUUUAAAUCAGGAAUUGACUUCAAACCAUCAACAUUAAAGGAAUUCGUUCGGGGUCCAUCCAGACUCCAAAGAAAUAAAAGUCCAGAGCGCAAGCAGAGCAAUCCUCGAGACCGGGAUCCAAAGGAGAAGACCACCCAAGGACCGGUGGUGUCGAUGGGCGUGCACCUACACGCGGACACGCCGCCCGUCACCGUGCGGCUGGACCACGACCAGGAGAAGACCACCCAAGGGCCGGUGGUGUCGAUGGGCGUGCACCUGCACGCGGACACGCCGCCCGUCACCGUGCGGCUGGACCACGACCAGGAGAAGACCACCCAAGGGCCGGUGGUGUCGAUGGGCGUGCACCUGCACGCGGACACGCCGCCCGUCACCGUGCGGCUGGACCACGACCAGGAGAAGACCACCCAAGGGCCGGUGGUGUCGAUGGGCGUGCACCUGCACGCGGACACGCCGCCCGUCACCGUGCGGCUGGACCACGACCAGGAGAAGACCACCCAAGGGCCGGUGGUGUCGAUGGGCGUGCACCUGCACGCGGACACGCCGCCCGUCACCGUGCGGCUGGACCACGACCAGGAGAAGACCACCCAAGGGCCGGUGGUGUCGAUGGGCGUGCACCUGCACGCGGACACGCCGCCCGUCACCGUGCGGCUGGACCACGACCAGGAGAAGACCACCCAAGGGCCGGUGGUGUCGAUGGGCGUGCACCUGCACGCGGACACGCCGCCCGUCACCGUGCGGCUGGACCACGACCAGGUGAACAUCGUCGCUGCAGCGGUGCAUUGUUUGAAACACCUGCACAUGGUAAUGAGCCGGACGUCGGUCCCCGUGUCUCGGUCAUACACGUCAUUGCCUGGCUCUCAUGAUCACAGGUCUUUAGUAAGAUCAGUGUCAGAAUUAAACGAGCAGGACACCCCGUCUGAUGAGAAUAUGAGUGAAAGUUAUUCUGAACUUGUUCCCAUAUUUGAAUGUCGAGCAAUUCCCGAAGUGAAGCUGAAAACCUUCUUUUGGUUCCAAUGGGUCGUGGGCCGAGCGACGCUGGUCGUGGCUACCCACCAAUCAAAGCUGGCUAUGGAAAUUGACGACAUCAUAUCUACAGUAGACAUUCAGGAACAUUACAAUCAACUCAAAGUGAAAGUCGCGUCUGCGUCAGUUCGACAUCACAAAAGGAGCCACGAGGACUGGGAAGCCGGCGUGCUGGGCGGGCGGGUGCUGGUGGCUCGCGAGCCCAUCGACUCCAAGGAGGAGGACCAUUUCCUCGCUGUCACUAUCACGCAGGCGCAAAUAUCUAAUUUGCCCGCUAGUUGGAAAGAAGAGCUACAUCCCAAGCUGUUACAACAAAAAGGGGCCGGAGACAGUAUGUGGGAAAUAUACGCUACACUCGCGCCUUUAGAAGCGGUGCUGCAGCCUUCUCUCAUCGAGAACAUUAUGUCUCUAGUCCGUGAGAUGGCCCCACCGUCUUUUUGCCCUCUGCAAUCCGAAGACGAACCAAGUGACGGCAGCUCUUGGCAGUGGCCGUUCUGUUACGUGACUGCGGGCGGGCUGCGGCUGCUGGUCAGUACCGAUGUCCACGACCCGGAAAAUGACGAUACGUUUCUCUUACUGGUCGGCAAAGUAUCUAUCAAUCCGCACCCGGAAAAUCCUAUUUGUCGACAAUCCGUUACGACUGGAUUGGAUGGCUCUUGGACCUCUAACGGAGGCAGCCCGGAAGGCCGGCAGUACGAGGUCAACGUCAAACACGUCGCCAUUCAGUCCGCGCAGCUCCAGCAGAUUAUCAAACAAGAAGAGGCAAGAGAAAUCUACAAUAAAGGCACCGGUAGCGAGAACCCGGCUGUGAAGUGGUCUCAACCGCCUGUCUCGCCCGUCGUGACAGCUAUUCUCCAUCAUGUGGACAUAAGCUGCAUUCUGGCGCCGCCGCUGUUCGUGAACGGCGCGCUGUCGUGCGGGCCGGCGGUGGAGCUCAACCUGGCCUCCGACUGCGCCUUCGAGAUCAGCCUGGAGCAGCUCAAGCUCGUGCAGUACUUGUUCUCUGAGGCCAGCUCUUCCAAGAGCUCUAGUGAAGAUUCUCUUCCUUCGACGGUCCCCACAGCCGCCGUGUGUCCGUAUGCGGCUUUAUUUUUGAACCCGAAGCAAACGCCUGAGAGUACGUUACAAGAUAGUAACCCGACAUUAUUUAAAGGAGUUGCUGAAAUGAUCGACGAGUCAAGCAACACCGGUAAAUCCGAUCGAGGGUUUACAACGGAUUCAGGUAUAGACGUGGCCACAUCAACGUCAAGACUGAAGCUAGACAGGCCACCUUCGAAGAAAAACCUCAACGUCGCCUUUGCCGAGGAAAUAAUUGAUGUGUCAGAACAUCUGGAGGUGUUUGUGACAAUGGGCGAGAUCGAGAUAUCGCUUUAUAUGGAAGAUGACAAUAGCCCCGCAGCAAUUUAUUUGAGGCCGCAUCCCAAACCGGAGCAAUAUACGGAAGAGGACUCGGCCGAUUCAGAAAAAGACGCCGACCAAGUGGAGGGAACUUCGGCAUCUGAGCUAAAGUCGACGGCUAGCCAAUUGAGUAUUACCCAUGGGGUUAGGCUUAUGGACUCAAAAAUUGACAUGCACGCUCCGGCGGCGUUGCACCUGCCCCGUGCCAGGCUGACCUCCGGCAAGUUGCCGCUGCUGCACAUCACUUUACACCAGCCCAAUCUGUACUACUGGAGGAAGAAGACACGGAAAAAUCUACAGGUGUCACUGUUUAACGCGUGGAUUGGGCUGGGAGCGGGCGAAAAGGAUGGCAGUCAGCCGCUGUUAUCCACGGCGAAAGGGACGCCGGACCCGGUGACCGACAUACCGCCGGCGCUCGCCACUCUCAAGAUUGUCACGCCGACAGGUGGCAGCGGGCCAAGCAACUACAGUGGUGUGAAAGGAUCCGCGACGGUGGACGUGGAGCGACCGGUGCUGCUGGGACUCUCCGCGGAUACUCUGCGCCGGCUAACACUCAUCAAUCGACUGGUCCAAGAAAAAUUGCAGAAAAAUAGUAAGAAAGGAAGUAUCACCUUGAGCCACGUCGAACAUCAUACACCUCCGUUCCUUAAAUUACGUAAAUUAAUGGCAAGUCACAACUUGGAGAAUAUCGUAAUCCAAAUGAGUCAGCUCGGGGUGUCGGGCAGCGAAGGCACAAUAGGGUGGGACAGCGCGUCGCUUCAGAUAGGCGCCGCGGCGCGGCCGGAGCGGCUGGUCGCGCGCGCACUAGUGUCUGCGCUGCUGGUGGCCGCCGGCCCGCCCGGCGACCAGCGCCAUGUCCUCCUGCAACCGAUGAUGCUAGGUAUGGAAUUGGAGUGCAGCUGGGAAGCGUGGCGAAGGGCCGAGGACGGCGUGUCGGCGCGCGAGCCCUCGGUGCGCGUCACCGUGGACCUGGACCGCGUCACGCUGGACGUGCGCCCGGAAGACCUCGCCGCCCUCCGCAGGGUACAACUAGCAAUUAACACGUUGAAGACCGUCUACCAGGAGGACGAAACGGAUCUCCUAGAGCUGCAGGAAGAAAGCAGCGUCUUUAUGCGGUCUUACAGUACGCGGAGCAUGUCCGACCGCGCCUUACCCACUUUGGAGUCCGUGGAGGCCUUCGACCAGCAUUACAAGGACGACCUCAAAAGCGGAGCUUUUAAAAUAGUGACCGGUGGCCAGUUCCCGAUGGCUUACCAGGUGACGCUGCACGGCGACGCCAUGUCCUGGCGCUACCCGCACCCGCGGACCGUGUCUAGGAUCACGGUGUUCCCCAUACCUGGCAUUGACGAAGAAGUGAAAUGCAAGUUGGAGUUCUACGAUCCGUUAUUGAAAAGAUGGGAGCCGCAUACGUAUGUUACUCUGCCUGUGUCAGAGCCCAACGAAAUAAAAUUAUAUGCAGAACCACCAGAUGCGGUUUUUGCAACAUUGUGGCGAUUUUGCGCGGAUUCUGAAACCAAGCCUCAAGAACGUACCUUCGAGUUCGACAUCACCAAGUUUAUGCCCAGAGUCGACCCCCUGGCAAGUGGGCGCGACGAGCCGCCAGCGGAGGCGCGCGUGGGCCUCGUCAGCGCCGAGCAGCUUUCUAGCGCGCUGCGCGUGGACUCGUACUUCUCGCCGCGCUCCGUGGCGCGCGUGCGCGUCGCGCUGCGCUGCACAGAGCUCGAACUGCAUGCGCACAACUCGCUCCCCUCUCUGUCCAGAAAGGCGCGUUCCCUGGAGGGCUACUACGUCUCGCGGCCGCUGAUGCGCAGCCACCGCGUGCUGUGCGUGAGCGCGGCGGACACCGUCGCGCAGGCGCUGCUCGGCUCGCGCGCCGGCCGCGUACUGCUGCUCGACACCAAACUCUCAUGCGACGUCCUAGACUGUUCGACGGGCACGCUCGAGCAGAUGGUGGGGUCGACGCGCGUGCAAGCGAGUGCCUCGGUACCGAGCAACGUCGCUGUAUCGCAGGCUCGCGUGCGCGCGUGCUCCGAGUGCGUGCGCGUGGCGCUGCACGUGCCGCGCCUCAGCACGCUGCGGGCGCUCGCCAACGACUGGGGGCCAAUUUUACGACAGUGCAAAGGAGACGUAUCCACGGAGAAUGAAGAGAAAGAUUUGGACAGUUGUAAUGAUUCCGAAGAGGAUAUGUCUGUAGUGUUGGAGCUAGAGGGGCGCGUGUCGCUGUGGGUCCACAACAGUUGCUGCAGCGCGCUGCGCGUGGGCCAGGAGGGCUGCGAGGAGAUCGCGCCGCUGGGGCCCGGCGCGAGGCUCGCCUACCGAUGGCCAUCUCCAAAUGCACCGUUCAAAAUUCGAUUUGCCCUAGCGGGGCCGUCUACAGAAUGGUCCUCUAGUAUACCGUUCUCAUCGGGCGAGAGCCGCGUGCGGCUGCCGGACGCGGAGGCGGCGGUGGCGGCGGGCGGCGUGUUCGUGCACGUGCGCGGCGACGUGGCGGGCGCGCGCCGCACGCUGCACCUCUCCGGCCGCCUAGUGCUCGCCAACGCGCUGCGCCGCCCGCUGCAUUACAAGGUGCGAGCGAAGAAUGCAGGCUCGAAGGCGUGGUGUUCAGUGUGUUCGGGAGAGCUGCACGCCGAGACCGUGGGCCGGAGCGUCCUGUGCGGCGUGGACUGCGAAAUGGUGCUUAAAAUAAAGUUUACAACGCAAGACACCGGUUGGUCUGGUGACAUACCGCUUAAGGAAUGUCCAAAAGAAAACGUGCCGUGGUUAGUUAAAGUGCCGAGCGAGGGUGAGACGGCGUACGUGUCAGUGUGGUGCCGCGUGGUGCGCGCGCGCUCCGACGGCCGCGUGCUGGCCGCCAUCUGGCCGCUCUACGUGCUGUGCUCGCACUUGCCGCUCGACACUGACGUGUUAGUGACAACGCAGAUAGAGACUUCAGAGCCCGCGCCGUCCCCACUGGUGCAGACGGCGCCGGGCCGCGGCGCCUGCACGCACUUGUUGGCGCCCGGCACAACCGCGGCGCGCCACCAGCUGUCCUUCCAGUACAAAGACGUGGAGCACCCGGUCACCCGCGAGGCGAUUCCUCUGCACUACGGUGUAACCGACACCUCCGUGUUCGACAAACGGGCGCCGGUGAACAACAUCAAUGAAAUCGUUGAAGAGAUUCGCGAAUGGUUUGACCGGUCGGCGCGACGAGCGACGAGCGACUGGCCUUAUUCCAUAGUCGCGUCCCAUUGGUCGGGGCCGUGGAGCCCGGCGAAAUUGCAACCACGUUGCGACGUCACGGUGCGGUACGACGCAGUGCGCGCGGGCGGCGGGUGCUCGCUGCAGAUCUCGCUGCGGCCGGUGGCGCUACUGUGCAACGCGGCGCGCGUGCCGCUCACGCUGCGCGCGCACGACGCCGCGCCGCUCUGCCGGCUGGAACCCGGCGCCGCGGUCUCCGCACCGAGCGCCCUUAUGCAGAAACCAUUCUUCAUGUCGGUGGAGAUGGGGCGGGAGACAUUCGUGAGCGGGCAGCUGCAGGUGUGGGGCGAGGAGCCGGGCCGCUACGGCUCGCCGCCGCGCGGCUGCGUCGCGCUAGACCACCCCGCGCCCUUCCUCAUACACUGCAAACAGAAGGUGGCCUUCCUGACGCUGCACUACGAAAUAAAGGAAGAGAUUAACGUUUUGGGAGUGACCUCGACUUUCCUACUUAUAAACAGACUGGAAACUAAUCUAUUGGUUUCAGGUAUAGCCGUUCCUGUUACCAACUCGGAUGAUGUGAAUUUGCAGCCCAAAAACUACAAAGUUGUCAGUCCGACUAAUGAAGGAAGUCUCGACGGAGAAGCGCUGAGUCGUUUCUGGGUGCUGGAGCGGUGGCGUGGCGGCGACCCGAGCGAGCUGCGUACAUACCUGUGCCUGGCGCUGCCGGCGCGGGGGGCGGACGCCGCCGAGCCCGCGCAGGGGGAGGACCCCGCGAAGCCCGCGCACGCGCACGUACCGGUGCUGCUGGCCGCCGCGCCCGUGCGCCGCGCCGUGGCGCUGCGAGAUCAUGCGGGCAGAUCGAUACCAGCUGUGGUAGUGCAGCAGAAGCAUGAAGGCCGGUGGGUGGUGACGGUGGCGCCGGACCCGUGCCCGCAGUUCGUGGUACACAACCACUCGAGCCACGCGCUCCUCAUAGCGCAGCCUGACCUGGCCGGACCAGCGAAGACGGUAGCUGAAUGUCCGGGCACUCGGUGGCACUGCGCGGUGGAGGCGGGGGGCGUGGUGCACUACUCGACGCCGGCGCACAGCGCUCGGUUCCCGCCGCCGCCCAACGCCGCUCCCAACACGGACCUCAUUCCUUUCCUCACUAUCGGCAAACUCAACGAGCACAAAGAUCCGGAGUGGAGCGAGGGGGUGGCGGCGGCGGGCGGCGAGCAACUAGUGCAGCUGCCCGACAGCGACACGGUCAAGCUGCGCGUGCGGCCCCAUCCGCACUCCUCGCUGCUCGAGUUGAAGGACGUCGACGAGAACGACAUAUCAGCGAGCGUGAUAAGACGUCGGCUGGAAGGAUCCUUCUGUGCCGAUACAGAUACAGGAAACGAGGUCAAUAUAAUCAGAUCGGUAGCCUCUUCUCAACUGACGGCCCCCACUCAAACUAAACUUGCUAGAGUACCUGUUGUAAGCACGAACUUCUCGACCGCGCCGGCCAACACUUCUGAACAAGAGGGCAAGAAUUUAACUAGUGCAAAUGACAAUUUAGAACCUGGCUUGGAAACAAAAGAGAUUCUGAAUUUGCAGAAAUAUGACGAGUCAACUAGUACUACUUGUAAAUUAGAGAAAGUUAAUGAAACAAUAAAAUUGCUAGAUGAUGAAAAGGAGGAUUCAGGAGUCAUGCUGAAAACGGAACCUACAUUCCGCAGUGAGAACAGCAUGGUCACAAUCGCUAACGUAAGGUCUUACGAAGAAUCCGCCAAAGUUCUGCGAAGUAUCUCCGAGUCAGAAUGGGUUGACAAGGGAUGGUCGUCAGUGGAGCGAGUGCGCUGCGUGGUAGCCGGCAUAGCUAUCGAAAUGGCUGCCACGCCCGACGUUAGUCCGUUGCUCGCUCUGCACAUCGACCGGGCCGCUCUCUCGGUGCAAUGUGACAGCACGGGGACUAAAGCAGUAGUUUCGAUCGCCGACAUCCAAGUAGACAACCUGCAAUACGAGAGCGGCAACUACGACUUCGCGGUGGUAGCGUCGACGCGCGGCGAGCCGCCGGCGAGCGACGCGUGGCCGCCGCUGUGGCCCGGCGCCGCCGGCGACGCGUUCGCCUUGCGAGAGAACGAAGCGCGCCUGAUGCUUCGCCUGUGCUAUGACUCGUGGACUGUUAUCGACGCCGCUUAUAAAGAGCUGACAGAGGUGGAGCUGCGGCUGGGUCCGCUGGCGCUGUACGUGGAGGACGGGUACGUGGGCGCGCUGGUGCGGCUGGCGCGCGCCGCGCGGCCGGCGGGGCCCGCGCCCGCCCCCGGCGCCUUCGUCGCGGCCGAGACGCGCGCGCUGCAGCGUCCGCUGCGGCUACGCUCGCUGCACCUGCACCCGUUGGAUCUCACGCUCACGCUGCAUACUGCCGUGCGUAUGUACAUUGCGCUGGACCAGAGUCCGUUAUGCCUGAGCGCGUUCCAGCAGACGGACAUGGUGACGUGCGCCGAGCGACUGACGCACGCGCUAACAGUGCACUACCUGUCCGCCGCCAUACUGGGCGCAGGUUGGGUCGUAGGCGGCCUGGAGCUGUUGGGUGCACCGGGCGCGUUGGCAGCGCGCGUUGGGGGCGCGCGCGGCGGCGUGCGCGGCGUGGCAGCGGCGGCGGCGGCCGCGCUGCUGCGCUCGCUCAGCGCCUGCGCCGGCUCGCUGGCGCGCAACCUGGACCUGCUGGCCGGCGACGACGACCAUGCGCGCCGCGCCGCCGCCGCGCGCCGACGUCACCCCGACACCUUUGUGCAGGGGCUCGCCGCCGGCAUCACCAACUUCGCUAUCAACAUACUUGGCGCAGUGGGCGGGCUGGCGCACCACCCGCUGGUGAGCGUGGCGGUGGGCGAGGUGGAGGGCAGCGCAGCGGCGCUGCGGCGCGGGCUGGUAGGCGCGCUCACCAAGCCGCUCUCCGCCACCGCCGACCUCGUCGCCUUCGCCGGCCACGGCCUGCUGCGCCAGACCGGCUGGGACCCCGUGCCGCAGCGGCGCUCCUUGUGUGCGGGGUUGGAGAGCGGCGGGUGCGGCUGGCGGCGCGACUGCGUGCGCUGGUCGUUCCGGCUGGCCGAGGCGCACGCGCUGGCUGGCUUCGACGUGCUGCUAGACGACGCGCCCUUGCGUCUGCUGCUCACGCACAAGUACCUCAUGAUUACUGACCCAGAUACAGAGAGAAUCGUGGAAAUGGUAGAUCUUCGAUUCUGCACGCUAAGGCCGCACCAAGGACCUAUCGUCGAGUUAGUGGUAACGAGACGACAGAAGGAGAAGGUAGCAGAAUCUAAAUCUGUGGACGAAGACGAUGAAUAUCAGGUAAGCAGCGCAGCGAUGGCGCGCGUGGCGCGGUACACGGGCGCGGACGGGGGCGUGGCGCCGGCGCCGGGCGCGGCGCGCGUGCUGGCGCUGCAGCCGGCCGCGCGCCACGCGCCCGCGCUCCGCGCCGCGCUCACCGCCGCGCUGCACGCCGUCUCCGACGACCAUCUGCACCUGCUCUAGCCGGCCCGCCCCCGCCGGACACCAGCUACGUGACACCUUCCUACAUACGUAGAUAGAAUAGGGAAUAUUACGCAAAACUCUGCGUAGGGCGCACACAAUUGAAAGGUCCACCAUGAAACAAGAAAAUCUAAAUUUCAUUAUCUAACCUCUCUAUCACUCUUGAGUAUUCGAUACAUAAAGAGGCAGAACAAAAUUCUGAUUGUAACGUAUCUCGAUAGGCCCCUUGUAAACAAACCAUCUUGAUGCAUCAAUGUCUUAUUUUAUUAUCUAUGAAAACUGGUCAAUAAACUGUAAAUUACUAAACAGUAUGUAUAAAUUACUAUGCUAGUGCUGCACUCUGGCGGCAGAACAUUGCAGUAAUAUUUACUCACUAAUGCUCUAGUUUCCUAGGAUGGCGGUGCCGUCCUAUAGCGGCCGACUCCAUACUAAAUAAUACGACUAAAUAUGGAUGUCGUAGUAUUUGUAUGGAGACGGCCGCUAUAUGACGACACCGCUAUCCUAGGAAACUAGAGCAUAUUAGGUAAGGUAGGCCGCCUUUACACUUGAUAUUCUACUAAAAAAAUUGCUAAACUGUUUGAGGUUUUAGAAUAAACGAGACUUCCCUAUAAGUGUAAAGGCGAACUUAAAUGGGGUUGUUAAUGAACCAUUUUGAAUGUCGUAUAUUUGUAACAUGUAAAUGCCCAGGUAAAAUGGUCCGGUUAGCCUCGCAAUGGUUUGGCAUACAUUUUAUGUAUUUACAUAGUUUUUUUUUUAUUUAUUCUCAUUUUUAUAUAUGUAAAUUGUAAACUCUCAUUUAAAUAUAAGUAUAUAGAGAAAACAGACUUUACAUCGAAUAGGUUGAUGUGCUGCCAGCCGUCUUUAUACGAGGCUAGCUUAUCGGGCAUGAAUAUUAAGGAUCAUUCGAAGCUCAAUUGAGAAAUAUUACAAUUAUAUCCCAAAUGUAUAUUAAUAUUAUUUAUAUCCUUUACAAUAAAACAUUCCUUCAAGUAUUUAGAGUAGUAGAUCCAGUGUACAUGUAUGUACAUAUAUGGUGUUGGCUGAGUACCAGGUUAAAUUGCGUCAUUGCACGUCAUCCAUGAUGACAUUAAACAACAAUUUGCAUUUAAUAAUUUCGCGUGACAUUCCCAAAUAGGCUUUAAACGUAAAUCGUCAACAACGCCACCGCACAAUCGUAAGAUUUUCUUUAGCACGAAUGACGUAGACAUGCCUAUCGUUAAUUUAAAUAUGACUCAUAUAAAUUGCCUUUCCUUUAAACAAAUACAGUUCACAAAACGUUAAAAUUUAAAAGUAGGUAAAGGAUAAUAAGCAAUUGUUGUAGUUACGGAAAUUAUUUUUACCUUGAAUGAAAAAUAAUGCAAUCAUGACCCUUGUCCUGUGGUUACCAAAUUUAUCUCGACAAGUAUUACUGUGUUUUAAAUCAUACUUUAAUACAUUUUGUUACUUUAUUGAUAGAAACAAAGAAAUAAAUUAACAAACAUAAUAAAACUUACAAAAACGAUAGGUAAAAAAUUUGCCCCAGAUCGCCGUCAACGGGCAAGGUGCCCAGAAGGCUGGCCGUGUUUCCCCGCUGUAGUAUUACUUGGUUAUUUAUUAUUUGCUGUCAAAUGUACGAUAUGUACGAGUAUGACUCUCUUGCAAACCAUUUCUGAGUCUCUUGGACAGCACUUUGAAACACAUUGUGAAUAUGUGGUCCUCGAACUGUCGUUUGAGAGCUAUGUCCUAGUCAAAAUUUUACUAAUAACAUUUUACCUUUUACAUAACGCCUUGAGAUUGACUCCUUGUGAAUUUUAUUAACACCUAGACUUGACCUUCUGUCAAACCGCUUUUAGAAGUGUAUUAAUACAGUAUUAUAAAAUUAAAAUUUUUGUAUUAUUUAUUUAUAUAUUUGCUUAAUCGAAUCAAAUGUUAAUGCAGAAACAAUUACAUUAAUUAAAUUAACUUCAUAAUAUGUAGUAGGUUAGGUACACCUAAUCAAAUUAAGAUGAAAAACACGUGAAUGUUUAUAAACAUAGUCCGGUGGACGGCUGCAUGAAACCCACCUGGUAAAAACAUAGAAAAUACUUACUCUUACUUAUAAAUUUGGUCGGAUUGGCAGGCGAAGGUGAGGCUGACCAAGACAUACGCCACGCCAACAGGUUUAAUUUAGAUGCUUAUUAAAGUCAACAAUUACUUAUUAGAACUUCGAGUCAACAAUUGGUGAGAGGUCGCACAGGACCGAGAAAAGUGGCGCUGUCUUGUGUCGGAGGCCAAGUCUCAUUUUGGGUCGCUGAGCCAAUGGAGUAAGUGAGUAAGUAAGUAACUGAUUAGAAUCCGUUUCUUUUAUUCUAUUUUUCGAUGAGGAUUUAUUGAUGAUUUUACGUACCACUUUCUUGCCAAUUGCACACAAUCUGCCAAGUUAAACUGCGGCCCACCAAGAGCAGUUGAAGCUACUAAAAGUCAGCUACCCCCACAGAGUAGGUAUUUUCAAUUUUUUUAUCAGGUGGGUUUUUUGCAGCCGGCCACCGGACUAUAAGGUUGUACAGCUUGAGUACCUAUAGUAUAAUUAUGUAAAUUUUGUACGUAUUUACGAAGUCAAGGUGGAACGCUAUCGAGUUAGUUGGUAGAUUACAUGGUAUUAAAUUACGAGGAGAUUUAAUCAUUGCUCUUAGAUGAAUUGUGACAAAGGAAUUUACUAAUUUACAAUAUUGAUUAGGAUAUACCUUACUAUUGGUAGGUGCCAAAUACGUGUAAAGGGCCAAACAUUGGGUAGUUUACCCUAGAUGCUAAAAUACCUAAGAUUUACUAACAGUCCCAACACGCCCUAAACUUGUUAACUAAUUUGAAACUAUUUCAUGACAGUUUAAAAUCUUUGUAGCCUUUUUCACACAACAUAGUGAGUGAGAGAGAUAGCGAUAUCUUACUUCUAUUUAUCUAUUACUUAGUUACUGUAUAUUAGAGAGAAAAGAUCUACAUUUGUCUAUUAAAAUAAAACGAGACUGACGGCAUUUGUAAAUAUAUACUAGUACUACCACUGCGUUAGGAGUUAAUAUAAAAUUGAAUUCAUUGUGAUUAUUUAGGUACAGUCGACGAAAGCGACAAAUACCUAAUAGUAUUCCACGGUGUUGUACAUAUUAAUAUUAAUAUAUUUAAGUAUUAGCACCAUAUAAUCAAAUGUAUAUGAGUUGCAUCUAACUCUCAAAAAUAGGUGUGCAUCAAUAAUCAGACCGUGCAAUAUUACUUAUGUAUAUUAGAAAUUUUUAAUGCUAUAAUUUUUUUACUUGUCUAAAUUGUAACGAAGUAAAUAAUAAAAACUAUGAAUUUUAA